UCCGUUGUCUAUAGUUCAAAAAAGGCGGCUAACUUUCUCUCGAUUUCUACUGCGUUAUUUAGGAGAAAAUCUCUCAUAAUUUCCGCCAAAUUGUGCUGAAUAUAACUGUAGAAACUACCAUGGAUGUAGACUUCGUAAUUCCUCUCUCCAAGGAUGAUUUAUUGAGCAGUGAAAGUGGAGCUUAUGCGGUGGACGAAGUGAUCUCGGCUCGUUCUCUACCUCCGAAAUUGGCGGAUUGUUAUAUUGACCUUCGAACGGAUGGACCGUGCUCGAUUCUACGAAACUUCGAUGUGUUCUUUAGCCUCAUAAGACACUUUACUGAUGUAGAUAGCUCUGUCCGUGAAGAGGCUUGGCAAGUGUUACUUAAUGCACUGUCACAACUUUCCAGUAAUAUUCAACCAAUCAUUGAGCAAGGAGAUGCAGAUACAGAGACCAGAAAAACACAUCUCAAUACACUUAAGAUGAUUUGUUACUUGCUGACACAAAUGAGUGAAAGUUUUGAGGCAGAGGCAACUAAACCCACAUCACAAGUUACUGGGAAGGGGCGUGGCAAAUCAGCAGCCUCAAAAAAGAAGAAUAGUGCAGGAUUUGAUUGGGAACAGCAGCGAGAGAGAUUGGUGGAGAUGCUGGGUCAUCUAAUGCAGCUUGACGUUAAUAGACUCUGGGACCCUCCUGUUGUAGAGGAGGAGUUUGUCAAUUUGAUGACUGGCUGCUGCUACAAACUCUUGGAGAAUCCAGCUGUAAUCAGAAAUAAGACGACCAAAGAUGUUGUCAUUAACUUGUUAGGAAUUGUGGUGAAGAAAUAUAACAAUGGCCUUGGUGCAAGUUUAAAGAUUGUCCAGCUAUUGCAGCACUUUGAACACCUUGUACCACACAUGGCGCAGGCUGUGGAUACCAUUGCAACCGAGUUUGGUGUCAAGAGCAUUGUCAGUGAGAUUAUCAGGGAGAUAGGUCGAAUGGACCCCAAAGACCUUGCCCGGGAUACGAGUGGAACCCGAGCCUAUGCAGACUUCAUAGUGGACCUUGCAAGCAGAGUCCCCACACUAGUGCUUCAGAGUAUAAGCAUGCUCAUGUGUCACUUGGAUGGAGAGUCGUAUUCCAUGCGGAAUGGUGUCCUGGGUGUCAUGGCAGAGAUCAUAACAAAAGUCCUCAGCACUCAGGAUCUGGAUGAAAGCGCCAAGCGAACCAGGGACCACUUCCUCGACAGGCUAGAGGAGCAUAUCCAUGACAUGAACGCCUAUGUGCGCAGUAAGGUCCUUCAAAUCUGGCUCCACUUGUGCUCGGAGAAGUGUAUACCAUUACCUCGACAGCAGCAUUUGCUUGAGAUGGUUAUAGGCCGCCUUCAUGACAAGUCAUCCAGUGUCCGCAAGUAUGCAGUGCAGCUGCUCAAGAGUUUCCUCGUCUUUAAUCCAUUCGGUGCUAAUCUUCCUCUGGACCACCUCCAACAAAAGCUUAUUCAAGAGACUGAGAAGUUGAAGGAAAUAGCGCCACAUCUGACACAAGAGGCAGCAGGACAAGUCCCUGUAGUGGCUGGACGCCCAAAGGACGUGUGGAAGGCAAUGGAGCCUGAAGUUCGCGCCACCGUCCAGGAACACAUCGGUGAGCAGGAAAUCAUUGAUGACGACGAUGGAUCCAUUGAAUUCCAGGGCGAUGUACACGAAGCUUUCGGAAUGGCUAUGAAACGCAUCAAACAGCUGCUAAGCGAAGGCCAACACAAGAAAGCACUGGCGAUCAUGAAGGCAGCCCGGGUCACAUGGCCAAAUGAGGAAGUCCUUCAGCCAUCACAUGACCAGGCCAAGGGUGAUGACGAUGAAGCAGAAGAAAGCGGAGAAGAUGAAGUCGAGACGGAGCUCGGGAUCCUCAAGGCCGUAUUUCUCGCCAGAGAUGAGGGCGAGUCGCCUUCUCUUGAAGAUGCUGAGGAUGCGAACCCCACGCCAGAAUCGAUGGAUAACCAGGCCGAUGUCGACAAUACCGGCUUGGUGAAUGACAUUGGCAGGCAACAAGUCAUCGUACAGUAUCUCAAGGACUACGUGAGCUUCCAAACUGAGAUGGAGCGCGCUGUGCCUGUCAUCUGCCAACUGCUGGGCUCCAAGACCACAACAGACGUGUCUGAGGCCAUUGAGUUCUGUGUGACGGCUCACGAGUUUGGUCUGCGGAAUGCCAUCGUGGGCGUGCGCAGAAUGCUAGUGCUCAUCUGGUCACGUGAUGCGGCGGUCAAGGAGGCGGUGGUGGAAGCGUACAAAGGACUGUACUUAGAUCCCCCGGCCCAAAACGCAAGGGCAAAGAUGUCGCUUAUUGCUAAGAACCUGACAUCACUAACACAAGGCGCGUCCGUUGGCGACCUCACGUCUUUGGAAGAGCUGAUGGUAGAGCUUAUGAAGGCCAAGCUGAUUCCUGCAGCUGUCGUCAAACUCUUGUGGGAGCGCUUUGCUAUGAAGGUUGCGCAGACGACAGAAGAUGAGAGCCGAGGCGCGCUAAUCCUGCUCGGCAUGUUGGCAGGGGCGGAGGUGGAUAUUGUGCGAAGUAAUAUUGAUGUCUUGGUCUCGACCGGCCUGGGGCCUCGGGCCAAGGAUGACUUCCUUCUCGCGCGGGAUACCUGUGUCACUCUACUCAAGCUUGUCAAGACUAGCAGGAAGCGAGGCAACGAUGAUGAGCCAUUCCGCUUCCCAGCAACACACGACAUAUUUGAGCGACUGACUGAACUUAUUACCACAGGUAUACACAACACGGAUAGCUGGUACUGGGUGCCCAUGGCCGAGCAGGCUAUUAAUGUGAUCUACGCCCUGUCCGAGCACCCGGACGCUGUGAGUGAGACCAUCAUCCGUAAACUUGCCACGUGUUUGGUGGAGCAAGCGGGGAGGAGCACGCCUGAGCCAUCUGACAACAGCGAGGAGGAGAUCCAAUCUCAAGAGUCUUCAGGGAAGCUAAUGUCCUGCCCGUCUGCUGUUUUGGCGCGCUUUCUUACCGUUGUCGGUCACGUGGCACUACGUCAGCUGAUUCACCUUGACGUAACGAUCUUGAGGGAGAUCAAGCGACGGCAGGGCAUCCAGGAGACGGAGAAGGAGGCUGCGGCGAAAAACAUCGCCUCUGUCAACACAACAAAGGAGACAACCAUGGCGGCUGAGGAGGAAAUGGGUCUCACAGGAGCCACCGCGGAUGACGCCGAGAUUGAGUACAUCCGAAAGAUCUGCGAGCUGGAGAUUGUCACGGGGCAAAACCUGCUGUCCUUGCUGCGUCCACUAAUAGUCUGCGUGGUCAGUAAUCCGUCCAAGUUCACCGACCCCAAACUGCAAGCUGCAGCAGCCUUAGCGCUCGCCAAGUUUAUGUUGGUGAGCUCCGAGUUCUGCGAGGCUCAUCUCCAGCUAUUGUUCACUAUCCUGGAGAAGUCUCCAGAGGCCACUAUUCGUGCUAACACCAUCGUCGCUAUUGGAGAUCUGACCUUCCGCUUUCCGAACAUGAUCGAGCCAUGGACGUCCAACCUCUACGCAAGGUUGCGUGACGAGUCGCCGCAUGUUCGUAAGAACACCAUGAUGGUCCUGACGCACUUGAUUCUGAAUGACAUGGUGAAGGUCAAGGGUAACAUCAGCGAGAUGGCCACGUGUCUGGAGGACGAGAAUAAACGCAUCGCGGAUCUUGCGAAACUCUUCUUCCACGAGCUCGCUAAAAAGGGUAACGCCGUGUACAACAUCCUUCCGGACAUUAUCAGCAGACUUUCCGAUCCUGACUGCGGUAUCGAGGAAGAACCCUUUAGAAACAUUCUCAGAUACCUGUUGUCGUUCAUUCAGAAGGAUCGUCAGUCCGAGAGUCUGGUGGAGAAGCUGUGCCAUCGAUUUAGGGCCACCAGGUCAGACCGCCAGUGGCGCGACUUGUCUUUCUGUUUGUCGUUGCUCUCAUACAACGAGCGCGCUAUUCGCAAACUGCAGGAGAACUUCGGCUGCUUCCACGACAAGCUCUCUGACGAGGACGUGCACCACUCUUUCAUGACCAUCAUCGGGAAGGCGAAGAAGUUUGCUAAACCUGAAGUCAAGGCGCUGGUAGAUGAACUGGAACAGCGGAUCGACGAGUGCCACGUCAAAGGCAUGGAGGACGAAGAGGGCUAUGAGCGAGCGUCCAAAGCGUCAGGAGUGGCGGCCACGCGCCCCAAAAAAAGCGUGUCUGCCACACCCGCAGGCAAAUCAACUAGAUCGAGAAAGGGGCGUACGCCGGCUGCUCGUGGGCGCAAGAAGACUGUCGACGAUAGCGAUUCCGAGGAAGAAAGUCGUCCCAGGUCUAAACGGACACCGCGUAACCCGCCACGCAUCCCUAAGACCAAGUCGAGCAAACGGCGCCCCAUGCCGUCCUUCGAAAGCGAUGAGGACGAUAGUCUUGACUUGUUCGACGUCGAAGAAGAGAGCGACGAAGAGAACGUCAACCCUAAUACGCAGACGAGUACAAGCAGAACGUCGACUCAAGAGAAGAGUAAAGAGACGCGUCCUGCGAGGGAAGGUCGGACCAGAGGGAUUAGAACCUAGCGAAGGCGGAACUAGCUGUAUACAGUGUAAUGAAUCAAAUGAUGUAACUAAGGUGCCCUGGGUUUUAUGUAGUAUGCUUUUUAUUCUCUUUUGUAAAUAUCACUUGUAGUGUUUGCAAUCACUAUUGCACUAUAGCAAUAAAGACGAACAAAUCUCA